CAGACAAGAAGCAGUGCGGCCGCAACUCGCGCUCAAUGCACUGCCGGCCAGGAUGUCAUUCACAUAUUGUUAGCGCAAGUAAUAAGAACAGCAAACUAAAGCGGCAUGAAAGCAGAAGUACUUUUAGCCAUAUUCGUCCUUAUUACAGCCCGUAUUAUCAUUCAUACUUCUUGCGUGGAUAUCAAACAGUUCGUUAACACUUCUCAGAAAAUAUGGACCGUGAGAACAACUAAUAGAGCAUUUGUUAAAUGCGAGGCAGAUCAAAUGAAAUCAAUUCGUCCACUGUCCAUUGAUUUCGUAAGAUCAUCCUCAAUUAUGAGAACAAGCCGUAACCUGCGGAUACUGGGAGUGUUUGAUAGCCAACACAAGAAGCGGAUGACCCUCUUUUACAAAGGCUCGUUUGUAAGCACCGAUACCAUGAUUUUCAUGGAUGCAGACCUAUCCUGCGCCGUGUUUAAGAUCGAGUCCCUACGGGAUUGGAACGUCGUCUAUUACGAUCUGCGAGUCACAAAUUCUUCUAUAAGCCAAAGACCUCGCCCAAGCUGUCGAAAUUUCUUUCAGUGUGAGUCACUGCUGUGA